AUGUCCUUCCCUCAAGACCCUCGGCGCCGCCGGGGCGGAGCCGGCACUGGCUUCAGCUCAACUGGCGGACGAACUGCCAUUGGAUAUUGGCUCCCCUUAGCCUUGACUGCUGGAAUUGCGACUAUUAGCAUUGCAGCUUGGAUUUGGAGUGAACGAAAUGACGACGAAGACGAAGACGACCGCCCCCAUGGAGAUGGCCCUUACCCGCCUCCUGUUCGACCUGGAAGUGAUCACCACCCCCCACCUUCCUAUGCCACCGGAGAUUAUGCCCGAAGUGCAGGAGCGGAAGCCCUGCCUGGAGAUGCUUCCUAUGAUCAUAGUAUGAUGGCUCGUAUGCAAGGUGCCUUGCGCCGCACGCCUAGCCCUCAACAGAUCUUCGAUGGCGCCAGCAAAAGAGUUGUGGCAGGUGUCACUGCUGCAGGAGCUUUUGUCGGUGGCGCUCUCACCUCGAUUCGUGAAGACAACAAAGGCGAGGGUGACUACGAGGAUCACUCCAGGUGGUCCGAGGAGGCCCAAACUAGAGCUCACGAGAGAAGCCAACAAGGCACUGUUGCGCCAACUAUGAGUGGUGGAUUGCCGAGCCGUCCUGCAAAUACAGUUAACAAGAACAAGAAGGUCGUUGCAAUUGUUGUCUCCUCGGUUUCACCGGCUGAGUCCGACGAAUUCCAUUCUGAACAUGCGUCCAUUUUAUCUCAUCUCCCUGAACAUGUUGAUCUGGAAAACUCCAAGAUCUUUGUGUUGAUCUAUGCCCCAGAUUUGAAACACGCCAUCAAGAAGGGGGGCUCAUCUCCCACCUCACCUUCUAUGGCUUCGUCUUAUUCGAACAUUGGCACCGAAGAAGGAGCGUCUGUUGGGGAACUGGGCUCUGGAGAAUUGACUGCAGUCGAGCCCCGCCAGGACGACGAAUUGGAGGGCACAUCUCGCCUUUUCCGAACGUUAUACACACAGGCACAAGCACUUGUUGAGAAGGAUAGCAUGAUCAUGCCUUUCAGUACCCCUGGUGGCUAUGUGCACCUCGCUCGCCACUUAUUCCCAGAACUUGUUUAUGUCCAAGAGUCCUUGACUGGAGAUCAGGGUGAACCUGUCACUCAGCUCAUUCGUUGGGUUCGCCAGGUUAUCGUCGUGGUCGGAGACGAGGGUGGCCGUGGCGGCCUUAUCGACAGUGACGACGAGUCGGCACUUGGCGAAAAGGGAGAGAAGUGGUGGCAAAAGCAAGGUGUCACAGGACUUGGCAAGAGUAUUGAUGUGGUUGACGUUGUCCGAGUCGGAGAUGACUGGCGACGACGAGUGUGUGGUCUGGACUAG